AUGUGUUGCAACUACUACGGCAACUCCUGCGGCUGUGGCUGUGGGUAUGGUGGCUAUGGCUCUGGCUAUGGCUGUGGCUAUGGUGGCUAUGGUUGUGGCUGUGGAUACGGCUGUGGCUGUGGAUACCGUGGCUAUGGUGGAUAUGGCUCUGGCUGUGGCUGUGGAUACCGUGGCUAUGGUGGCUAUGGCUCUAGCUGUGGCUGUGGAUAUGGCUCUGCCUGUGGCUGUGGAUAUGGUGGCUGUGGUGGCUAUGGUGGAUAUGGUUGUGGCUGUGGAUAUGGCUGUGGAUACGGUGGCUAUGGCUCUGGCUAUGGCUCUGGCUGUUGUGGCUCCCGGGUGUUUUGCUACAGAAGAUGUUAUUCUCCUUGCUGCUAA